GCCUCCGGGAGGACCGCCGGGAAAGGGUGCGCCCUUAGCUCUGGGGGCUUUGAUUAAGCCUCCAGUACCUUUAAGGCUUCUCCUAAUCCAAUUACUCGUGAAGCAUCCGCGGUAGGGUCACUUUUCAAGAAGGGGGAGAACGAAGUGUCUCAGGAUGAUCUUCAGGAUGGAUUGGCGUGAGCUCAGCUCUAAUACCUCCUCCACUAGGUGCUGUCGGGGGUUGCUCUCGAUUUCCUCCGUGUAAUUCUCCGCAGCAACGCGGGAAUAACAUGCAUCAUCCUUCG